GCUACACAAAACACACAUGGCCAACAAACCUACAUCCCUCCUCUUCAGGGCGCUUGUGGAGGUGUCUGAAGUCAGCUGUUGCAAAGUUGUGCGAGGAAACCCCAGCAGAUCGAAGACAAGACACCUAGGUGCCUGUAGGAUUCUGGCGACAAGAGGAUUCACCCUGCCCCUAUCCCCAUCUGUCCCCAUCACCACCUCAAACCGUAGCUUCAUCAACCUAGCAGCUCCCAUCAGCGCCCGUAGGAUGGAGUACUCUGAGAGCCGGAUGUUAGGUUAUACUCCAGAGCAGAUGUACAGUGUGGUGGCCAGUGUGGACCAGUACCAGCACUUUGUUCCUUGGUGUAAGAAGUCUCGGAUCAUGAGGGCGAGGAACGGGAAUGUUCUGGCGGAGCUUGAGAUAGGUUUCCCUCCCAUCGUGGAGCGUUACACAUCUGAGGUUACCGUCAUCCCCAACCACCAAGUCAGGGCUGUGUGUACUGAUGGCUCGCUCUUCAGCCAUCUUGAGACGAUAUGGAGGUUUGCCCCUGGGGCCAAGGACCAACCAAACUCCUGCAUGGUGGAAUUUAAUGUGUCAUUUGAGUUCAAGUAUCUUCUCCACUCUCAACUGGCAAACUUCUUCUUUGAUGAAGUGGUUAAGCAGAUGGUCAGUGCCUUUGAGUUGCAGGCCGCCAAACUUCAUGGGAGUCACCUCGAUUCUCUCCACGAGGCACCAGUGAGGAGGCGAUCAGCAUGAGGAGCAACCAUUGGGAUUGCCUUCACCCAUGGCACUGUCACAUGGACCAUUUACCCAGACCUCCCCAGUUCCCUCUUCUUACACUCUUAUGUCAGUUCUUGAGCCCCCCCCCCGCCCCCCACUCACCACCAUCACGAUCACCAGACAUGGUUAACCAGGUCACAUUUUGUGUCGGAGACUGGAUCCUCUUUUUACACCUUCUCAUAGUUGUUUUACCAUCCUGUAUUUGGAUACCUAUUACUCACAUGUGCACAAACACACACUUUAAAUCUAUUUAUUUAUAUACCACUUAUUUCAACUGAUUCACUUAAGUGUUUGUGAGUUUUUGUGGGGGUUUAGGAAUGAAUGUAUCAUUUGAGAUGUUCAUGUUGAAAGUGAAUAUCUGUGAAAUUAUGGAUUAAUGACUGGCUGAGAUUAAAAAUAUUUUUUUUU